AUGGCUAAGAGUAGUUGGAGGAAAAAUCCGCAGAGGCCUCGCCAAGGGCUUGGAAAUGGACUGAGUUCCAUGGGAGCUCAUAAUUCCCGGGCGGGUGGUGUUGAUCGGAAAAGGAAGAUAAAGCAGCACGACCAGCAGCUUUUUAUGACUACCAAAGAUUAUAGUCUGCGGCUUCAAGAGGUUUUAUACACUCCCGAGUACAUUUUCACCAAGAUUUUCCGAAAGGAUGGUCCAGCGCUUGGUGAUCAGUUUGAUUCACUUCCCUCCGAUGCUUAUCCCAGUGGUAAGAAGGUUUCUACGCAGACAUGUUUAAACUUCCAAGCUUGUUCUGAAAACAUUUCACCAGUAAGGCAUGGUAUUGGGAAGGGCCUAGUGACGGCAAAGGGUGCUCCAGUAAAGAAACAUGGCAUAGGCAAAGGUUUUAUGACUCAAAUUGGUGUACCUGGGAAAACACAUGGAAUUGGGAAAGGUCUGAUGACGGUUAGGCCACGGGCAUAUCCAGAUGCUUGUGAUUUUCCUGGUUACUGCACUGAGAGCACCACCCAGAAGAAGAAAAGAGAAAAACCACGAGAAUCUAUUCAGAGAAAAUUGGCAAACAAAGAACUGUCUAAGAGGAAGACUUCACUAAGAAGUAGAAAGGUUGAAUGCCAGAAAUUUCAGAAGCAGAAGAAGCCUCACAAAGAAAAAUGUCACCUUGCUCUUGAAGAUAUGCGAUGUCUAGAAAACACAGAAAUCAUGAUAUUACAGGAUGAUGAGGAAUUGGAGCUGACAGAAUUACAAUCAGGAUCGAAUUCGUUAACUUGUUCUGCUCAUUUGGUGACCAGUGGUUCUAAUGGUUGCUCCCUUUGCAAAGACCUGCUUGCCAAGUUCCCUCCAAAUUCUGUCUCAAUGAGGCAACCAUUGUCUAUGCAACCUUGGGCUUCCUCGCCAGAGCUAGUGAACAAACUUUUUAAGGCAUUCCACUUCCUUUGUACAUAUGCUGUAACAUUGAGUAUAUCUUCGUUCACCUUUGAUGAGUUUGUGCAAGCAUUUCAUGAUAAGGUAUCAUUGUUGCUUGGGCAAGUCCAUGUGUCCCUUCUCAGGGUACUCUUGUCAGAUGUUGACAAGGAGCUGAGUAGGGGACUUAACUCGCAUGCAAUAAAAAAUUGCAAAUUUUUGUGCUUGCUUCAUUCGAUUGAACAUCAGCGCGUUGUUACGGAGUUAUGGCAGAAAUCACUUAACCUACUAACAUGGACAGAAAUACUACAUCAAGUGUUGGUUGCAGCUGGCUUUGGUUCUAAGCUUGGUAAGAUGGAGAAGGCAGGAUACAACAAGGAAGUCAAUCUUAUGGAUAAGUAUGGGCUUAUUCCUGGUACACUGAAGGGAGAACUAUUCAGUAUUUUGUUGACCCAAGGAAAUGGUGGAAUGGAAGUAUCAGAGUUGGCAAGAUCUUCAUCUUGGGGAGUAUUUUCUGUGAUGAAGAUUGUUGAGUUGAAUCUCACUGAUAAAGUCCACGACCUGGAGAAUUUAGUCACCUCAGCUCUCUCUGGUGACAUAACAUUGUUUGAGAAGAUUUCCUGCUGUGGAUAUCGUUUAAGGAUCCAUGCAACUGAAAAUGAAUGUGAAGACUAUCCUUCUGAUUCAGAAGACUUUGGGAGUGGAGAUGACAUUUCUGAAGUCACUGGCGGAGACGAUACAAAUGACUCUGUCUACGAGUUUAGAGAUUCCAGUACGUUGAAAACUGAUGUUGGUAAAUCUGAUGAUAUUCUGACAGUAAGUGAUGAAAUUGAUGAGAGCCAUCCAGGAGAAGCAUGGUUGUUAGGACUUAUGGAGAGUGAAUAUUCAGAUUUAAAUGUUGAUGAGAAGCUCAGUGCAUUAGUUGCAUUGAUUGAUCUACUUCAUGGCGGAUCCAGUAUCAGGAUGGAGUUACUCACCGGUAUGCGAAAAUAUACUGUGCUUCUCCAGGAUAUCAUGAUAUCAAAUGAGGAAUUUGCUCCAAAUAUUAGUCAGUAUGGUUCUGGUGCAAAAAUAAAAAGAUCAAUGACGAAUUGUUAUAACUCGCUCGCACAACCAGAAAGCUAUGGUGGGCAAAGGUUUGCUGGACUGGUCAUAAAUUCAACAGAACCAAUUGAUUCAUUGGUUGUUAUGUCAAAGAUUGGUGAAGAAGAGAAGCAUGCCAACAUGAGAAAGAUUGCCGAACAAAUGGAAGCAGAGGAGUGCUUACAUUCUAUGCAGUCUGUAUAUCUGGGUUCCGAUAGAAGAUACAAUAGGUACUGGUUAUUCUUGGGCCCUUGUGAUGAAUCUGAUCCUGGGCAUCGGAGAGUUUACUUUGAAUCUUCUGAAGACGGUCACUGGGAGAUGAUUGACACUAAAGAGGCUUUGUGUCAAUUAUUGUCAAUUCUGGACCGUCGGGGUGCCAGAGAGGCUCGCCUUAUAGUAUCCUUAGAAAAGAGAGAAGCCAUUCUAAGCCAAACGAUGUCCAAUAUUCAAAGUGAUGUUGAAAAUAGGCAGCUGCCCCAGCCAGCUCAUUCUGAAUUAAGUGCUUCUAGGGAUGAUAGUUCCUCACCAGUGUCUGAUGUAGAUAAUCUAUCCAGCUCGAUUGGAAUGCAAAAUGAAUCACCAUCUUCUACUGGCGCAGUAGAUGUCGAAGCAUGGAAGAAAGGAGAGCGGAUGGCAGAAAACCAUUCUCAUGCGUUUGAUGCUGGAAUAUGGAGGUCUUUUUACUAUGAACUCAAUACUGUUAAGCAUGGAAACAAGACAUAUCUUGACUCACUCAGAAGAUGUGAUCAGUGUCAGGACCUCUAUUGGAAAGAUGAAAAGCAUUGUAGAUUGUGCCACACUACAUUUGAGCUUGGAUUUGACUUAGAAGAAAAUUACGCUGUUCAUUCUGCAGUCUGUCGCGCCAAUAUUAAUAUUACUGAAAAACGAAAGCAAAAGGUUUUAUCUUCCCAAUUGCAAGCACUUAAAGCUGCUAUAUAUGCUGUAGAGUCUGCUAUUCCUGAAGAUGCAUUUUUGGGGUCUUGGAAAAAAUCUGGAAAUCUAUGGGUUAAUAGAUUACGACGUGCCUCCAAUUUGACAGAGUAUCUACAGGUCUUAUCUGAUUUUGUUACUGCCCUCAAUGAAGAUUGGUUUUAUGAAGACGAUGUUUUGGGUUCUCAUGGUACCUCAGAUGACAUUAUUUCGAACUUUUCAACCAUGUCUCGUACGUAUUCUGCAGUCGCGCUGUGGUUGGGCGGUGGUUGUUGGCAGAACCACGCACAUCACGACAUCAGAACAAAUUCAGUCCACCGUCGACGUCAUCCUCUCCUCGGCGUCACAACCUCCGCCGUGAAACUCAACGCCUCCGAUGAACCUGUGUUUUUAACGAUUUCUUUGCCUCCGGCUGUCGUCACCGGUGUUCGCCUGCGCCACGCCACCGCUUCCUAUUUCCGGUACCCGAGAUCGAAUAAAGCUCUGAAACAGUGGUGGCGACAUCUUCGAGGGCGAUGGUGGGUGAUGGCGCGCCCGUGGAUGGACGGCCGUCGAUCUGUCGGAGGGCCCGGCAAGUACUCGGUGGUGGCUCAACUGGCCUUCGCGGCCCUCUUCUGUGAGAUGCGAUGCUCUGAGGGGAGCUUUUUCGCCGGGGAGAUGCUAGCGCCGUUUUUCGGUUUCAGCCUCGGAGCUGGGAGUAAGUGGCGACAGCUGUUUCUCCUCCGGUAUCUUCGUUGCGGCGGCCCUCUGGCGCUCUCAGGGAGAGGGCUGCGACCCCAAUUUCCUGAUCUAGGGUUUGGGGUGGAGACUUUGUCCGACCAUUUUGUUUAUCUUGGCCUUAAUCUGGGUUUUGAAGUCGCGGUCGCCGGCUCUGGUUUGGGGAGAUAUUCGGCUCUGGUACGCGGCGUUGGUCGGCUCCGGUUCUGGGCGUCGGUUUCAUGGUCGACGGGCCUGGUUCAGAGCGUUCGUCAGCGUUUGUUGGGCUGGGCUUUUUGCUCGAGGUGUCAGUGGAGUUGUUCGUCUGGACGAGGAUUGGGCCCGAUGGUUCCCAACACAGUUAGGCAUUCGUUUGCAGUUUCUGGGUCGGGCUCCUGGGCCGUGAUUCUACCAUUGUUGUGCUUGGUGUGUUUCGUCUAUUGGGUAGGACUGUAUUUUUGGUCUGGGCACUUUGCCUCUGUGCUUAUGUUCUGUAUUUUCGGUCUGGGCCUUUGGCCUCAGUUUGAGCGGGAGCAAUUUAUUAUCCUGUGGAGAUCAGCUCCUGUCUCUAUUCUCCUAUCCGCCAGUCCUCUGGCGGAAACUGAAUUGCCACAACAACUGACUCCCGACACCCGCUGCAACAGACUCCUAGACUUCUGGCGAAGACCUCCAGUAUGGCAGAGGCGAAACAUAUGGCCCAGGCGUGGAAUUAUUUUCUGGCAGAGGACGAUGAACGACGGAGAUUUGUCAUCGACAGGCACUUCAGUGAACAUAGUUGUUGGAUCUCACGUUUGGAUUGAGGACCCUAGACUUGCUUGGAUUGAUGGACAGGUUUCGAAGAUCAAUGGCCAGGAAGCUGAGAUCCAAACGCGUGAGGGAAAGAAGGUUGUUGCCAAGUUAUCAAAAAUUUAUCCUAAAGACAUGGAAGCUCCUGCAGGUGGUGUUGAUGACAUGACAAAACUAUCUUAUCUGCAUGAGCCUGGAGUACUCGAGAAUCUAAAAACAAGAUAUGAACUCAAUGAGAUUUAUACUUACACUGGAAAUAUUCUGAUAGCUAUAAAUCCGUUCCAAAAACUGCCUCAUCUUUAUAAUCCACAUAUGAUGCAACAAUACAAGGGAGCUCCUUUUGGAGAAUUGAGCCCACACGUGUUUGCAGUUGCUGAUGUUGCGUACAGGGCCAUGAUAAAUGAAGGUAAAAGCAACUCUAUUUUGGUGAGUGGCGAAAGUGGUGCAGGUAAAACUGAGACCACAAAAAUGCUUAUGAUGUACCUGGCCUUCUUGGGAGGCCGGGCAGCAACAGAAGGACGUACUGUUGAACAACAAGUUCUUGAAUCCAACCCGGUUCUUGAAGCAUUUGGGAAUGCUAAAACGGUUAGAAAUAACAAUUCCAGCCGGUUUGGUAAAUUUGUUGAGAUUCAAUUUGACAAGCAAGGGAGAAUAUCAGGAGCAACUAUUAGAACUUAUCUUCUUGAAAGAUCUCGUGUUUGCCAAGAAAUUGACAAGUACAAAUUAGAUCAUCCCAAAACAUUUCAUUAUCUUAAUCAAUCCAAAUGCUAUGAGCUGGUUGGUGUGAAUGAUGCGCAUGAGUACCUUGCCACAAGACGAGCAAUGGAUAUUGUUGGAAUAAGUAAAGCAGAGCAGGAAGCAAUUUUCAGGGUUGUUGCUGCUAUUCUUCAUCUUGGAAAUAUUGAUUUUGCAAAGGGAAAGGAAAUUGACUCAUCAACUCCAAAAGAUGACAAAGCCAAAUUCCAUCUUCAAACAGCCGCCGAACUUCUCAAGUGUGAUCCUAUCGCAUUGGAAGAUGCAUUGUGUAAACGUGUGAUGGUCACUCCUGAAGAAGUUAUUAAGAGAAGUCUCGAUCCUCAUAGUGCAGCGGUUAGCAGGGAUGGAUUAGCGAAGGCAACAUAUUCGAGAUUGUUCGACUGGUUGGUAGAUAAGAUUAAUUACUCAAUUGGGCAAGAUGCUAAUUCAAAAUCUCUCAUUGGGGUUCUUGAUAUAUAUGGUUUUGAGAGCUUUAAGAACAACAGUUUUGAGCAGUUUUGCAUUAAUUUUACAAAUGAGAAGUUACAACAACAUUUUAAUCAGCAUGUAUUCAAAAUGGAACAAGAAGAAUACACGAAGGAAGCAAUUAAUUGGAGCUAUAUUGAGUUUGUCGAUAACCAAGAUGUUUUAGAUCUUAUUGAAAAGAAACCUGGUGGAAUCAUUGCUCUUCUUGAUGAAGCUUGCAUGUUCCCAAAAUCAACCCAUGAGACUUUUUCUAAUAAACUCUAUCAGACAUUCAAGAAUAAUAAGCGGUUCGUCAAACCAAAAUUAUCCCGCACAGAUUUUAUUAUUGCACAUUACGCUGGACAGGUUCAAUACCAGUCUGAUCAGUUUUUGGACAAAAAUAAGGACUAUGUGGUUCCUGAGUAUCAGGAUUUGUUAGGAGCUUCCAAAUGUUCUUUUGUGGCAGGACUUUUUCCUCCAUUAGCUGAAGAGACCACAAAAUCUUCAAAAUUUUCUUCAAUUGGUUCACGUUUUAAGUUGCAACUACAACAAUUGAUGGAAACUCUAAAUGCUACAGAACCUCACUACAUUAGAUGUGUUAAGCCAAAUAAUCUUCUGAAACCCGCCAUAUUCGAAAACCAAAACAUUAUACAACAGCUACGUUGCGGUGGUGUUUUAGAGGCAAUUAGAAUCAGUUGUGCUGGAUAUCCGACUCGCCGUCCUUUCUUUGAAUUCUUAAACAGAUUUGGGCUUCUUGCACCUGUGGUUUUGGAAGGAAGUUAUGAAGAAAAGUUGGCUUGUCAAAGGAUUCUCGAAAAGAAGGGGUUGAAAGGUUUUCAGCUAGGUAAAACGAAGGUCUUUCUAAGAGCUGGUCAGAUGGCUGAAUUGGAUGCACGUAGAGCGGAAAUUCUUAGUACUGCAGCAAAAGCUAUACAACGACGCACAAGGACUCAUAUUGCUCGUAAACAUUUUAUAGCUGUGAGAGAGGCUGCCGUUUAUAUUCAAUCUUUAUGUCGAAGUAGACUAGCAUGCAAAAUUUUUGAGACUGUGAAAAGGGAAGCAGCAGCAGUGAAAGUACAGAGAAAUACACUCAGAUACCAAGCUAGAAAAGCAUAUAACACGCUCCGGAUGUCUGUUCUUAUUAUACAAAUAGGUCUGCGGACCAUGGACGCCUGUAACACAUUUAGAUUUAGGAGGCAAACUAAAGCGACAACUGUUAUUCAGGCACGGUGGCGCUGCCAUAAAGAUGCAUUUUAUUACAGAAAGCUAAAGCGGGGAACAAUAGUUGCACAAUGCAGAUGGAGAGGACGAAUUGCAAAACGAGAAUUACGGAAGCUUAAGAUGGCCGCUAGGGAAACAGGUGCGCUCAAAGAGGCUAAAGAUAAGCUGGAGAAACAGCUAGAGGAACUCACAUGGCGCUUGCAGCUUGAAAAGCGUUUAAGGUCUGACCUGGAAGAAACAAAAGCUCAAGAGAUAACAAAGUUGCAAAGUACGAUAGAAGACAUGCAGAAAAAAGUUGAUGAAACUAAUGCGCUGCUUAUUAAGGAACGUGAAGCUGCAAAGAAAGCAAUUGAAGAAGCACCUCCCGUUGUCAAGGAAAUUCCUGUCUAUAUUGAAGAUACCAAGAAAAUUGAAUCUUUGACGGAAGAAAUUGACAAGUUAAAGGAGUCUUUACGAAAUGAACAGGAUUGUUUUGAAGAGUUUCGAAAUAAGUACGCUGAGGCACAAGAAUCUUGUGAAGAGAGUCGUGCAAAAUUAGAAGAGGCAGAAAAAAAAGUUCAUCACUUGCAAGAAUCUCUGCACAGGCUAGAAGAUAAGAUGAAUAAUUUGGAAUCAGAGAAUAAAGUUCUUCGUCAACAGGCGGUAUCAAUAGCACCAAAUAAAUUUCUUUCCGGGCGCUCAAGAUCAAUCAUCCAGAGGAGUGACAGUGGGCAUGCUUUUCUUGAUGCUAAGAUGCAUGUGGAUCUGCAUACCCCAUCAUUUACUGAAGUUGAUGACAAACCUCAAAAAUCACUUAAUGAGAAACAACAGGAAAAUCAGGAGUUGCUCAUUCGUUGUAUUUCUCAGCACUUGGGCUUUGCUGAAAACAGACCAAUAGCAGCCUGUAUAAUAUAUAAAUGUCUUUUGCAUUGGAGAUCAUUUGAGGUUGAAAGAACUGUUAUCUUUGACAGGAUCAUCCAAAGUAUUGGGCAUGCUAUCGAGAAAAUACAAGAUAAUAAUGAUUUGUUGGCUUAUUGGUUGUCAAAUGCUUCUACCCUACUACUGCUCCUCCAGCGUACACUUAAAGCAAGUGGUGCAGCUGCAAUAACUCCUCUACGUCGUAGGUCAUCCUCAGCUACUUUGUUUGGAAGGAUGUCACAGAGCUUUCGAGGAGUACCACCAGGAGUAAAUAUUUCCUUUAUGAAUGGCCUGCCUGGUGGAGUAGAGACUUUACGCCAAGUAGAAGCCAAAUACCCUGCGUUGUUGUUCAAGCAGCAGCUCACGGCAUAUGUAGAGAAAAUAUAUGGAAUGAUAAGAGACAAUUUGAAGAAGGAGAUAUCGCCAUUGCUUGGUUUGUGUAUUCAGGCACCAAGAACUUCCAGAGCAAGCUUAGUUAAGGGAUCAUCACGUUCUGUUACCAAUACAGGGGCCCAACAAGCUUUGAUUGCUCAUUGGCAGGGAAUUGUGAAGAGUCUAGGGAAUUUCUUGGAUACUUUGAAAGCUAAUCAUGUACCCCCUUUCUUAGUCCGCAAGGUGUUCAUGCAGAUAUUUUCUUUCAUCAAUGUUCAAUUAUUUAACAGUCUUCUAUUAAGACGAGAAUGUUGUUCGUUCAGCAACGGGGAAUAUGUGAAAGUGGGACUUGCUGAAUUAGAACAUUGGUGUAGCAAUGCAACUGAAGAGUAUGCAGGUUUAGCAUGGGAUGAGCUCAAGCAUAUAAGACAAGCCAUUGGGUUUCUGGUUAUCCAUCAAAAGCCAAAGAAAACAUUGGAUGAAAUAAGUCAUCAACUUUGCCCAGUCCUCAGCAUUCAACAGUUGUAUCGAAUUAGUACAAUGUAUUGGGAUGACAAGUAUGGCACACAUAGUGUGUCUUCGGAUGUUAUAUCCAACAUGCGGGUGUUGAUGACUGAAGAUUCAAAUAAUGCAGUAAGCAAUUCCUUUCUGCUGGAUGAUGAUUCCAGCAUACCCUUCUCGGUGGAUGAAAUAGCAAAGUCAAUGGAACAGAUAGACAUCUCAGACGUUGAACCACCGCCUCUAAUGGGUGAAAACUCGGGCUUCAGCUUUUUACUCCCGCGCACUGCCUAAACCAAUGAAGUUCUCCAAGUUACAGUUGUAAAUGUUGUUCUUGUAGAAUACUCUAUUUUCUAACACCUUAUGCGUAUUGCUCCAUGAGGCUGGAAAGGAUCAGGGGAUGAACUUAAUAAGUAGAAUGUUUAGCUUUCAUAACUACAAAUUGGUUGGCGAAGUUUAAUUCAAACUGGUGUUAGAUGCAAGUGUCUAGCUAGGGUGAUCACUGGCCGAAACAAAAAUGAAAAGCUUAGGAGAGUUUGAAAAUUAUAUUGAGAGACCUAAUCCUCUUUAGGCCACAGUGAUAUAUGUCACCAGUAAUAAAUGUCCCUUGUUAUUGAGUUCGAAAACAUCGAUUGUAUAGAUUGUAAAAACCAUAAUGAAUAAUGUAUUUGUUUACAAACUUAAGGGGUCACGACAAAUAAAUUAGUUGAAGGACCACAAGUCAGGUUUUGUUUGCAGCUAUAUAGGGUGUUUUGUAAAAUCAAUGCAACCACCAGACUAUUUCUCAAUUUGGUGUCAGUUACAAGACUAGAUCUCUAAAUGU